UAUCCAUCUUUUAUAAGCUUGAGAAUUAGGGUUUAGCCACAAUCAUUUAAUUCGACACCUCAGUACUCAGAGCGCCGUAGAAGCUUUUUUCGUUCAGCAAAAAUGGUGAAGGGAAGGCAAGGCGAACGCGUCAGGUUAUACACCCGUGGAACAGUUCUCGGAUACAAGAGAUCGAAGUCGAAUCAGUACCCAAACACGUCGCUGAUCCAGAUAGAGGGAGUGAACACACAAGAGGAGGUGCAGUGGUACCUUGGGAAGAAAAUGGCGUACAUUUACAAGGCUAAGGUUAAGAAGGACGGAUCUCACUACCGUUGCAUUUGGGGCAAGGUUGCUCGCCCUCACGGUAACAGCGGCGUCGUUCGCGCCAAAUUCAAGUCCAACCUUCCCCCUAAAUCCAUGGGUGCUAGAGUGAGGGUGUUCAUGUACCCGAGCAACAUUUGAGGGAUUGUGAAGCAGAAGAUUUUGCCAAGUAGUUGAUUUUGAAAUUUUGUUGAGUUGGAAACAGUUUGUAUUGGAUAAUUGAAGUACCUUUCUUUUCAUUUGGGUAAUUAUAAGUGUUUGAACUUGCAUUUUGGUAUAAUUAUUCAAUUGCUUUUCAUUUGCUUUA